AGGAUGGUCGUACUUUAUCAGACUAUAACAUUCAAAAAGAGUCGACUUUACAUUUGGUGCUACGUCUUCGUGGCGGUAUGCAAAUUUUUGUGAAGACUCUUACUGGCAAAACAAUCACCCUCGAGGUUGAAUCAUCAGAUACCAUCGAUCAAGUCAAGCAAAAAAUCCAGGAUAAGGAAGGAAUUCCACCGGACCAGCAACGUCUUAUUUUUGCGGGUAAACAAUUGGAAGACGGUCGUACGCUCUCAGAUUAUAACAUUCAAAAGGAAUCUACCCUUCACCUUGUACUCCGUCUCCGCGGUGGUAUGCAGAUCUUCGUUAAAACCCUUACUGGUAAAACCAUCACCCUUGAAGUCGAAUCAUCUGACACUAUCGAUCAAGUAAAACAAAAAAUCCAAGACAAAGAAGGAAUUCCACCAGACCAGCAACGUCUCAUUUUUGCGGGUAAACAAUUAGAAGACGGUCGUACACUUUCAGAUUAUAACAUUCAAAAGGAAUCUACUCUUCACCUUGUACUCCGUCUUCGCGGUGGUAUGCAGAUCUUUGUUAAAACUCUUACCGGUAAAACCAUUACACUUGAAGUCGAAUCAUCCGAUACUAUUGAUCAAGUAAAACAAAAAAUCCAAGAUAAGGAAGGAAUCCCCCCAGAUCAGCAACGUCUCAUUUUCGCAGGAAAACAAUUAGAGGACGGUCGUACACUUUCCGACUAUAAUAUUCAAAAAGAAUCCACUCUUCAUUUAGUACUCCGUCUUCGUGGUGGGCAAUAG